GACGUUUGCCUGUGAUCACGACUGCGUCGAUGUGCUCCGUUUUCCUACUCCUACCCCACGCUUUCCAUUCCGCAAGUCGCAACAAAAGGAAAACGCAGUUGUGAAUCAUUUAUUCUAGCAGGCCUGAGAUCAGUUUUUCCUUUACAAAACCCAGAAUCAAUUAAGAGAAAUAAGCGAUUUGCCGAAUUCGAGGAAACACGACGCAAAAGUUUCGAACGUCGGUUCCGAAAUAGAAAUAACACUCAAUCUUUUGCGUUGUAAUUUAUACAAUGCUCUCUACUUGAAAAGUCUACUCGGGAUCCUGCUAUUCUCUUGCAUCAGCUAUGCAGCAGUGGGAUUUAUAUUAGAAGAUCUGGAUUCUGACGAAACAACUCUGACUGUAGCAAGAUGCCUUUCACAAAUCAGUGGGCUAUGGCCAAUAAUCCUUGUCUUGACGCUAAUGCAUCGCUUGGAAUAGACGAGGCGUGUUUCAGCAUUCUGAACGAAUACAAUACAUCUGUUACAUUUUAUUCUCGAUCGUCAGAGUGUCACAUGUGCGAUGGUGCACCACAGGCAACUUUACCACCAGGAGAAAACACCACGUUAGUUGUAUCAACGAAAUAUCCUCUGUAUAUGUUUUAUGAAGCCACUUACAGAUAUUGCCACCAAACAUACAAUUUUAAGGAGCAUGGAAGUUAUGGAUGGAAUAUUUCUGAGAAGGAGCGGUGCUCGGAUAUCUACACGAUUCGUGAACCGAUAAAUGGCUAUCUUCCAAUAUUUGCAGCUUUUAUGGUGUACGUUUUGUUAUCGAUUUUAUUUGCCACCGCCAAGGUUAUUAUACGUGUAGUAAAGGGAAAAUUGUCUCCAGAUAACAUACGCGAUGAUUUGGACGAACUUCAAGAAACAGAGACGUCAACUCCAAUAGUUAGGACAAGCAGAUCUAGUACGAGGAUACGUUCACUUGAUACGUUCCGAGGAAUUGCUAUAUUAUUGAUGAUAUUUGUCAAUAACGGCGGUGGCAAAUACGUGUUCUUCAAUCACAGUGCAUGGAACGGUCUAACAGUGGCCGACUUAGUAUUACCUUGGUUUGCAUGGAUUAUGGGAUUAUCGAUUACUAUAUCAAAACGAUCGGAGCUUCGUGUCUCGAACUCUCGCGGGAAGAUCAUUUUGCGUUGUCUGCAGCGCGCACUUAUUCUUGUACUUCUCGGAUUGAUGCUCAACUCAAUGCAUGCAAAGUCACUAAAGGAUCUUCGAUUUCCGGGUGUCCUCCAGUUGUUGGCCGUUUCGUAUUUUGUAUGCGCCACUAUUGAGACUAUAUUUAUGAGGACGCAUUCUCAGGACGACGUGUUACAGUUCGGACGAUUUUCAAUCCUACGAGAUAUCUUGAACAAUUGGGUGCAAUGGUUGAUCAUUUUAGCGAUUAUGGUGACACAUAUUUUAAUCACAUUUUUGCUGCCUGUCCCGAAUUGCCCGACAGGAUACUUGGGACCUGGUGGUGCUUCUCAUUAUGGAAAGUUCCCGAACUGUACUGGAGGUGCAGCCGGUCACAUUGACAGACUCGUGUUUGGCAGUCAUAUGUACUCUAAGACACAAAAUCCUGUGUACGGUACUAUUUUGCCUCAUGAUCCUGAAGGUAUAAUGAAUACUAUUUCUAUAAUACUUGUCGUAUACAUGGGUGUCCACGCUGGAAAGAUUUUAUUGCUCUACUACCAAUGCAAUGCUAGAGUAAUACGAUGGUUGCUAUGGGCAUCCAUCACCGGUCUUGUUGCUGGAGGAUUAUGUCACUUUGAUAAAGAAACUGGAGCAAUACCGGUCAGCAAGAAAAUGAUGUCACUCUCAUUUGUUUUGACAGUAUCCUGUUUUGCAUUUUUAUUAUAUGCAAUAUUACAUUUCUUUGUUGAUUAUAAACAAUAUUGGAGUGGUGCACCAUUUAUAUAUGCAGGUUUGAAUCCAAUUACUCUAUAUGUUGGUCAUACUCUUACUAUGGGCUUGUUUCCAUGGGCUUGGAAACUGUCGCAUGCUACGCAUUGGUCAAUCCUCGCUAUGAAUUUGUGGACCACAGUUUUAUGGGGUGUUAUCGCAUAUUGGUUGUAUUUAAAGGACGUUAUUAUAUCCGUUUAAAAUUGUUGAUGAUAUUAACGAUUUUAUCAUGACGAUUUUAUCGUCAUAAUCCCAUGUAAAGAGCCGUAACUAAGCAGAGGUACAGGCUUAUGUCUCAGAACGAAGAAGAGAUCGUGAGAUAAAACUUCAAAAUAUUCAUCAAAAAUAUUAAAACAUUUUUAAUUUUGCCAUCAUGCUCUCAAAUUUGAAGUCUCGCUCAAUAUUUUACAAUCUCGUGGCCUUGAAUUAAUUGAAUUAUAUCUAAAUAUCAACUUUGUUCUCCGAAUAUUUCUCUUCCCGUUUCUAUUGCUUUGUAUAACAGAUAUCUUAGCAAAUUUGAGCAAAAAACUAAGAAUUAUCGAAGAUCGAUUUUUGGUCAAGAAUGAUUAUCCAAUCUUUAAAAUUUAAAUUGAAUAUAAUGUCGUUAAUUUAAUUUAUCAACCAAAUAGAUAUUAAUUAUGAUAUAAUUAAAGAAUUUAUUAAAAUAACCA